AUGACUGAAGAUCCCCAGGCUCUUUGGUUGGAGCUGUAUAAGUCAACCCAGGCACAGGAGAAGAACCUAAAGGACCUUUUGCAUCAUAAAGGAGCGCAGUCAGUCACCAGCGCAAGAGACAGAUUGCGGGAGGAUUAUGAACGAUUGAUUCUGACGGACAUUGUGCUCGCGCAUUCCAAGGAGAUCGAGUCGGCACUCUGGAAGCAUGUCUUCUACGUUGUCAUCGACGGCUACCGGCGCAAACUGGCCAUGCUUAGUCGCCCCGACGAAGGCAAUGAGCCUUCAAACCAGCAGCAGCACCAGCAAGGACGACGAGGAGGCGGAGGCGGACGAGGUAGUGAAGGCGGUCGUGGGGGAAACCGUGAUGGUGGGAGAUCUCGCCCUCAUGGUACCCGUGGCAACAAAACCGCCGUUCCCUCGGUCGAAUAUCGAAAGGUGUCGACCAAAUUCAGGGCGUUCAUUCAAGAGGCGACCGGAUUCUAUCAUCGGCUCAUCCAGAACUUGGCGUCCUGCUAUGACCUGAACGAAUCUGGUCACAGCAUGCAUGCGGUCCCCAUUGGAGACAAGCGUCCGUUGUCGGAUAUUACGGAUGUCGCCCGAGAUAGCGCCACUAGCAGCUGCCACAAGUGCUACGUCUAUUUGGGAGAUCUUUGUAAGGACAGACGGAUAACUACAAGCGAUAUUGAUAUCUACCAGGACAGCGACUGGCCUCGCUAUCGACAGACAUUCAACGAUUCCUUCAAGAAGAAUUGGUCCGCUGCACGUGAUUAUUACAACGAAGCCAGGAACAUGCUCCCUUCGAGCGGAAACCCUUACAACCAGCUCGCAGUCGUUGCAACAUUCACCCCCAACAACUUUUUGGCGCUCUACUUUUACUACCGCAGUUUGGCUGUUUCACUUCCCUUCAUGACGGCUCGCAACAACAUCAAGGUCCUGAUUCAAAAGAUCGCGUCUGACCCGGAGAAGGGCAAAAAGUUUGUGAAGGACGAGCGCUACACGGAUCGUCAGGCAAUCAACUCCAAGGAUUCGGCCCAGCUGGACGACUUUUUAUUGAGGUUCAUCUUAUUGCACGGUGCACUCUUCAUGCGUUCAGCCGAGGAAGUUGAUGACGAUGUAAUGGGCGAUACUCUGGAGGGCUUAUUCGUUGCGCGCCUAUUGGAGCCAGAUUUGUUGCUCAAGAUCCAGAUCAUCAACAUGGCGAGUCUCUACACCAUGACUUAUAUCCCCCUUCAGGACGACAACCCAGCUGCGUUUCAGAAGGAGAUCGAGUCAGAGAGAAAAGCGCUGCAGUUGAUUUUGACUUGCUUUGCCACCGUUUUGCAAUACGCGACCACGGAACUGGAGAACCACAGGAACGGAGACCACAAGAAGAACGGACGCCCCAUCGACUUCUUGCCUUCGAAUGUUCAUCGCUCGAUGCCGACUCUGAGACUUUCGCUGAAGUGGAUGCAGGUCAACAUCCACCAUGUCAAGCGACUUUCGGAAGGCUUUUCCGAUGUUGACGCAGAGAACCGAUUCCAUCUGCGACAGAUUUGGGGAGACCUCUCUACCUUUUUGAACUUGCUCGUGCAAGCCUACCCCUUUGCGGAGGGCGCGAUCUUUUGUCGUGAUGUGCUCAAGGAGGACGACGAGUUGAGGGGGUUUGCUGCGCUUAAGAGGACCAUUGAUGAGCGCCCCCUGUCGAUCAUCCCACCCAGCAGGAUCAGCCCUAAAGCAGAGAUGCAGAUGCGGGCGGGCGAUAUGUUCCACGAUGCUCUUAGCCUUGCCAAGAUGGACUGGCCCGAGUUUUACGGAAAAGUUAUUGAGGACGAGGAUGACAUGCAGACUGUUCGAUUCUCUGUUGAGCGUGACGAAGAAGGCAAAUCGACUGCCAACGCCAUUCAGUCAAACAUGAAGGAUUCUGCCGAGCAGGAUUAUGAUGACGAGGUUGAUGAUGGAGAGGAUGAAGCCAGAGAGGAGAGUGAUUACGAGCGCAAGGAGGAGGAUGAGGAUAUGAAUCCGUUCCACAUCCGCAAGACAUCGGUUUCAAAUGUACUGGGCGCUCAUCGUGAUCAGGAUAUCGACCAGCGCCAGGCUGUCGCUGCUUUGCUCUCGGACGACGACAAUGACCUCUCGCUUAUUGUUGGCCAGGACGAUGACGAUGAGGACGAAGAUGAGGAUGAUGCGGAGGAAGUUGUUUUGUUCAAGGGACGAAGCAGCACUAUUGGCAGCAAGCCAACUCCUAAGCCAGCCCACCUGAAGACCAGCACUGGUGUCAUUGGAGCGGGGAGGCGUGCGUCCAUGUCUCCCUCAGGAUCAAACCAGUCGUCCCCUGGCUUGGACAUGAGCGGAUCCUCGUCUAAAUUUGGAUCGCCUGGAGAGAUGCGCAUGAACCCCUCGCCCACCGUCGACAGUCUUUUCGGCAGAUUUCAGUUUGAUGUGGCGGACGAAUGGCGCCACUCGAUCAAUUCACUCCGCACCUCGCGCACUACGGAUGGCAUCAGCGGCAGCACUACUUGGGGUGGACUUUCGUCGAACGCCUUGGGAAAUGGCAUGAUCUCGCCUACGUCUUAUGAGCCUCGGGAUGCGAACGCGCUUGCAGGAUUCACAUCUAUUCCGACUCAAGGACCUCCAGGAAUGUCCCUUCCGACCAGCCCUUUGGCUGCGAGCCCCCCUGGAUUCAGUGACGAUCCUGUUUUCCAGCAAUGUCAGAAGCAGCCUCGCCAUGUUCCUCAAGUCCGACCUAAGUACCAGUACCAGCCUCAGGCGUCGCAGCAACCUCAGCACCACUACUCGCAGCGGGACAGGAAUGGCAGCCCACAGGCCAUGAGAGAUGGCGAUUGGCGAUGA